CCGACUCUCAAAUAAUAGUGAAUAUCUCGUAAAUAAAUAAAUUUAAAAUAAAAUAGUGAGAUCCGGAAAAUUUGAAAUCUUUUGAUUUUUAAUCAACAAAAAGUCGAUGCUAUUGACAGCAAUCGAGUGCCAAAAAGGAUAUAAAAAAAAUCUCAUUUAAUGUCCUGAAAGCAUCUUUAAAUUUGAAGAGAACAGCUUUAAUUCUUCAUGAAACGAAAGCGUUUCCAUAGCAAAAAUUAAGUGUCGAAAAUACUGCAUUGUGAUUGGUCGAUGUCUGUAUGUUCCCUACACACAUUUCGUUCAUAAUGCGCAGUAUAUGUGAAUAAUGAUUGGAGAGACUCAAUGAAAGGAUAAACGACGAUCAAACAUAGCAGUCAUUUUAUAUUUAAUUUUGCUUUCAAUAACAUCAGACGUGUUUUGAGGAUUAAGAUAAAGGUUAAUAAAGUAUAGAUGCCGUCGGAUAAUUCCGUAACAUUCAAGUUGGAUUUCAAACAAAACUGCUCAGCCGCUAGCGGCAAUAGUGUGGUGAACAACAACAACACAUCAUCAUUAGGAUUGGGUUCCAUAUCACCAACAGACUCACAACAAUUUAAUAUCUUUCCAGCUAUCUUUAGUCGGCAAUUGAAUUUUUCGGCUGGUAAUUGUAAUCAACAGAAAUUCAUGAUUCAUAAUAGUAUGGAAGAGCUUCGUCCAAAUUUAGUCGGUGGACUACUUGGACUACAGCAAGGACUGAUCGAAGAUCACAAUCAAAUUCCCCACAAUAAUUCGGAUACAAAAUUUAUGUCAUUGCAAGAGAAUCAUAAUCGUUAUGAGAAUCGACUUUUAGGACUCUCACAAGAAAGUCGUAACUCAUCGUUAGCAUCAUUAGCGGGCAAUACAAGCCUCAAUCUACAGAAUGGUAAUGAUACAAAUAAAUCAUCGAAUCAACGAAAGUGUAGUAGCACACCAGAAGACUUUAACUCAUUAUAUGGAUCAACGCUGGAUAAUACUCAUCAUCAUACACCCGCACAUACGCCUCCAAAUCGAUUGAAUGAACAUAGUGCAAUAACAGCCGAGGGAGCAUUCAAAAAAUUAAAGCCUGAGCCAAAUAGUGGUGGAAUAUCGUCAGUGUCCGGUUCCGGAAUUAGUUCACCUGGAAGUGGCAUUUCAUCUUUACCUCACGCUGGUCAUACACCAACGACUGUCUCAUGUCCUACCCCGGCUCGAAGACGACAUAGAACAACAUUCACUCAGGAACAAUUAGCAGAAUUAGAGGCUGCUUUUGCAAAAUCACAUUACCCAGACAUCUACUGUAGAGAGGAAUUGGCGAGAACAACAAAGUUGAAUGAAGCACGGAUACAGGUAUGUUUUCAAAAUAGGAGAGCAAAAUAUAGGAAACAAGAGAAGCAACUUCAGAAAGCUUUAGCACCAUCAGUGAUACCAUCAGCGUGUAAUGGAAUGAUGCGAAACAUUCAGGGUUAUAGUGUCUCAAGAUCUUAUCAACCAUAUCCGCAUCCGAAUUCGAUAAACCGUUAUCCUCAAGAUCUCUUUCAAAUGGGAGCAUCAUCGUAUCCAGGCAUGACGCAGCCAUUUUCAAUGUCACAUAGUUCAAAUAUGAGUUCCGUCGGCGUUCGUCAAGAUUCAAUGAGCAUGACUGCGGAGGAUGAAUGGUACAACAAAAGCCUUUCAGCUUUAAGAAUGAAUAGUUCGCAUCACCCAAACUUAUCAGCACCGAUGCUACAAUACCAGACAUAAUUAAUGAGAUAUGAUAUGAGUGAGAACUGCGAUAGUUUUGAAAAAGUAAAUUAAUAGUGUGUCAAGUGAUCAUACCCAGAAAAUAAGAAAGAAAGAAACUGUUGAUGAUUGUGACAAAAAUUAAUUAAGAAUUUUAAUUUGGCCAUAAUAAAUUAUUGAAAAAAACUUGUAAAUAGUAAAUGAAAAUGAGACAAAAAGGAAUUUUAACUGUCAGUGUAUGUCCGAAAAACAAAAAAAAACUUUUUUUUGAGAAUAAUUUUUUAAAUUAAACUAGUCAAACAGAUUCGUUGGACAGCAGAUUGAUUUGCACAAUGAAACAGAAAGAAAAAAAUUAGCUUCUGGGUGAUUCUCGUCUAUCCACAUUUGGGGAAUUGAGAUAAAUUAUUUCUGUUUAUAAUAUGUAAUGCAUUCGCGUAUUUGUAUAAUUUUCUGAAUGAAAGUCAUUAGUUUUCUGCUAAAUCAAAAAGAAUCAGAAGAUGGAUUGAGGCGCAGUCGUCAAAAGAUGUGAAAUUACCGGAAAAUUAAGUUUUGAAAGAAAUUUUAAAAUGUUUCAGAACUUUACAACAGUUGAUGAUAAUUUGUAUGGUUUUACAAAACCUUACAACAGUUUUAACAUGUCAAAUGUAAGAACAUUUGAAUGGUUUCAACUAAAACCCUAUAAAUUAAAUACAA